AGAGCGCUGGGUUAUGGCUACAGUGUGACGUCUCCAGGGUUUCCGGACUACAAUCCCCAGAAUUCCCCGAGUUCUGACCUCACAUCCGGGGAAGCAGCGCUGAGUGGGUGGGUCCGACUGUCGCCACGGAAACCCCUUUGGCUGGUGAGCUGUGGCCCUAAGGGGAGGCCCCGCUAGGAACCAUGUCUGCCUUGGAAAAGCAGCUGCAACUGGGACGCUUACCACCACGACCCACAAUGCCUGGGGGGCUUCAGUCUGGAUCUAAAAUGAGAAUGGGGCCGGGCAGGAGGCGGGACUUCUCCCCUGUACCUUGGAGCCAGUACUUUGAAUCCAUGGAAGAUGUCGUGGUGGAAAGCGAGACGGGCAAAGACAGCUUUCGCGUUUACAGAAGUGGCUCUGAGGGGCCAGUGUUGCUUCUACUACAUGGGGGUGGUCACUCUGCACUUUCCUGGGCAGUGUUUACUACUGCAAUAACCAGCAGAAUACGCUGCAGGGUGGUGGCGCUGGAUCAGAGGGGCCACGGUGAAACGAAAGUGAAGAAUCCAGAGGAUCUCUCCGCAGAGACAAUGGCCAGGGACAUCGGGAAUGUCGUGGAAGCCUUAUACGGAGACUUGCCUCCUCCCAUCAUGCUUAUUGGCCACAGUAUGGGCGGAGCUAUCGCCGUUCAUACAGCAGCUGCAAACCUGGUGCCCAGCUUAUUGGGCCUGUGCGUGAUUGAUGUCGUUGAAGGCACCGCCAUGGACGCACUCAACAGUAUGCAGAACUUCUUAAGGAGCCGCCCGAAAACUUUCAAAUCUUUGGAGAAUGCCAUAGAAUGGAGUGUGAAAAGUGGUCAGAUCAGGAACCUGGAAUCUGCCCGAGUUUCAAUGGCUGGCCAGAUCAAACAGUGUGAAGAGGCAUCAACUCCCGAGGGGCCCAAAGCUAUAGUAGAAGGCAUCAUUGAAGAAGAAGAAGAAGAGGAGGAUGAGGAGGAAAAUGGUGGCCAGUCCAUCAAUAAGAGGAAGAAGGAAGAUGAUACGGAAACCAAGAAAGAGCGGCCGUACACCUGGAGGAUCGAGCUGUCCAAAACAGAGAAGUACUGGGAGGGAUGGUUUAGAGGCCUCUCCAACCUUUUCCUCAGCUGCCCCAUUCCCAAGCAGCUGCUGCUGGCAGGGGUUGAUCGACUGGACAAAGACCUCACGAUAGGACAGAUGCAAGGAAAGUUUCAGAUGCAAGUGCUGCCCCAGUGCGGACACGCUGUGCAUGAAGAUGCCCCCGAUAAGGUUGCAGAAGCCGUCGCCACGUUCUUGGUGCGUCACAGGUUCGCAGAAUCAGUGGGCGGAUUCCAUUGUGUGUUCCCUGCCUGUUAGUAUGCUGCUGGCCGUGGGGAAAGGAGCUGUAAAUAGUCUGAAACCAGAGGUAACUGUGAUGAUCCAAGUUCUCACCAUCAGCCUGAUACAAAGGAGGAAACGUGGGUUCCUAUCUGUGUGUGCGGCGGCACCGCAACAACCGCCACCAUUCUGUUGCUAUAGCGCCGGCCAGCCCCCCUGUGCCGCACUCGGCUCAGACCCUCUCUGUGCAGUACACUUGGCUCUCUUCUGAUUUAUCCCUUCCAUAAUCUCCUCCUCAUCGCCAGCCGUCUGCAGAUAUCACAGUUUGGGGUGAACCUUUUGAUAUUGGGCAGUCAUAGAGAAGCUUUGCCGUUUGCUCUGGGGGUUUGGGGUUCUGGAUGAUACCAAACAUUCUGGCGGGGGGGAGUAGGGGGCAAGACAAUCUCAUCAUUGCUUAUUCACUACAGACUGGAAUGGCUAUCAAGCUGGUAAGGAAGGUAGGGAAGAUUCAUUGUAUUACCAUCAGUUAUUCAGGGGCUCAUAUUGGUUUGCUUGCCUAUAGCUUUCCAAUGGGAUGUUGGUGAGAGGGUACACUGGGGGUCAUUUAUCAACACUGGGCAGAUUUGCCCAUGGCAGUAGCCUAUGGCAACCAAUCAAAUUGUUGCAUUCAUUCUUCUACCUGCAUCUAGCUGAAGGCCCAAACAGCCCCCCCCCCCCCCCCAGCCCA